AUGUCGUUUUGUUUAAACGAAGGACUAAUUAAAAUCAUCCAAAAAGUAUUUUUGACGGCUAUAACAACGUACCUAUACACAAGAUUAUCAUUAUUGAUACCAUCUUGUUCGUUGACCGAAGCUGGAUUGAAAAUCUUUCCAUUUGAUAAGAUAAUGUUCUCAUCGUCAGUAUUGUUCCUGAGUAGUGCUGCCAUUAUAAUUGUGGAAUGUGAUGUAUGGCCAUAUAACACAAAACCACACAGCAGAAUAAUUCAAUUUUUUGGAGAGCUAUAUAUUAUGACAGCGUAUGUACUGUUCACCUACACUUUAUUUUGGCAUCCAAUUGUUAUAGCCACAUCUAUCAUCACUGAUGAGCUUGGGAAACUAACAAGUACAUGGUUAGCAAGUGAGAAUACCUACAAGAAAAGUGUACCAAUAUGUAUGAAUAACAUAAGGAGUACGAAAUUCCACAGCAUUUUAUUGGGUGUAUUACUAUUUUAUAACGUCCUCGACAAAUUCGGCAGAAAUGACUUGAGACGAAUAAGAAGUUUGUUUUGA